AUGAUGGAGCCGAAUUCGAUAUUCCACUGCGACAAAUCUUGCAUUGGUAAAAUCCUCCCUCGGGAGGCUUCGAUUGGCCAAUCUUCUCGUAUUUUCUACUGUUUGCCCGAAUUAGGAGUUCCUUUCAAAUGGGAGUCGAAUCCCGGCACGCCUAUCGACCCUCCAUUAGAAGAUCGAAUUAUUUUCCCACUAAGUCCUUCACCUAUGAUGCAGAGUUCGGGUCUCCCUUUGCCGAGCUUGCACGAUCAAGAAAACCGAGCAAAAGAUUCGGCCAAUAUUUGGAGUAUAAGAAAAAUAGCGAAAACAAAAUUCAUACGGGAUGUAAUUAGUAAGAAGAUGGGUUCACUAGGCAAAUGGAGUACUCGUCGUAAGAAAAAGCAAACGAGCUCGGUUUUUGUGGGUUCGAGCUUCUCCUCAAGCUCUUCUCUCUCGACUUUUUCGUCGAAUAGUCAUGUUUUGGGUUCGUCAUCGGUUAUUGAUGAUGAUGGCCCGUUUUAUUGCGACUCGUUGGACAAUAGGAUCUUCUCGAGGGCCUCGGCAUUAGAAAAGUUUUCGGUUCCCUUGGAAAACGGGCAAACUCCAGCUAGUGUUCCGUUUGGAUGGGAAUCGCAACCGGGAACACCAAAAAACCUGCCGGAAAACGAGCUCAUACCGCCUCCGAGCCUUCCACCGGCCGUGCAGAGCCUCUCUCUGCCACUUCCGAAGCUUCUAGAAGACGAGGAUGAGGCUAAGAACGGGUCGACUUGGAAAAGGGCUCGACUUUGGAGGAGAAAAAAGAAGAAUGUGGAGUCGGAGGCUUCUUUCAGACGAUCGACUUCUUCUUUAUCGUCUUUUAAUUAUGGGAGUUAUUUGAGUUGUUUAAGACCUUGGAGCAGAAGUGAUUAUGUUGGUUUUGCCAAGAGGAAAUUCAAGUCACUCAUGUUCUAA